AAAAACUGGCCAGUCUAGACACAGCCAAGGAGAUUGAACUCCCUUCUCAUUCCUGCAGAAAGUCCCUUCUGUAAAGGUUUGAGAUAUUGAUGGGUCUGUAGGGAAGCUCAGACUGCUAUUACGCACAUACUGUGUACUGACUGCUUCAAUUUCCUGGGCACCCUCCCUCUGCUAGUAAAACUGAUCCCAGCAUUUAAAGAAAACAUUUUUUUUAAUAGAAAGAGAUUAUCUUGACUAGUUUCUCUGAGUUGUGUGUUUCUUACUAUGCUGCCAAUUAUGUCACCUGGGCAGAAUGAAGAUGGCAAUAGGGUUGAAAGCCUGAACUUCUUAAACUGAGUUCUGAGUCUCCCUUCAAUUAACUUCAAUGCAGGUGACAGCACUGGGAAAAGAUCUGCAGCAAGAGCUGCUCCAAGUCUCACCCAAGCUUUGGCUAUGGCUGUUCCAAUAGCAAUUCUUGAUUGUGACCUCUUGCUCUAUGGCCGAGGACACCGAACCCUAGAUCGCUUCAAGUUGAAGGAUGUCACCGAUGAAUACCUGUUGUCCAUGUAUGGUUUUCCCCGACAAUUCAUUUACUACCUUGUGGAUCUUCUGGGAGCCAGCCUCUCUCGCCCUACGCAGAGGUCAAGAGCCAUCAGUCCAGAGACACAGAUUCUUGCUGCAUUGGGAUUCUACACUUCUGGCUCCUUCCAGACUCGCAUGGGUGAUGCCAUAGGCAUCAGCCAGGCCUCCAUGAGCCGCUGUGUUGCCAGUGUCACUGAAGCACUUGUGGAAAGAGCCUCACAAUUCAUUCGUUUCCCAGAGGAUGAAGCCUCUGUGCAGAGUCUGAAGGAUGACUUCUAUGGGUUAGCUGGGAUGCCUGCAGUGCUAGGGGUGAUUGACUGCACCCAUGUUGCAAUCAAAGCUCCCAAUGCUGAGGACCUAUCCUAUGUGAAUCGAAAGGGUCUGCAUUCUUUAAACUGUCUGAUGGUGUGUGAUGCUAGAGGAUCACUGCUGAGUGCAGAGACACAUUGGCCAGGCAGCCUGCCGGACUGCACUGUGCUGCAGCAAGCAGCUCUUAGCAGCCAGUUUGAAGCUGGAUUGCACAAAGAUGGCUGGCUACUUGGUGACAGCUCCUUUUUACUCCGCACAUGGCUGAUGACCCCUCUGCAUAUCCCUGAAACCACCGCAGAAUAUCGUUAUAACAUGGCACAUUCUGCCACUCACAAUGUCAUUGAGCAGACAUUCAGGACCAUUAGAUCCAGGUUCCGUUGCCUGGAUGGAUCCAAAGGAACCCUGCAGUAUUCGCCAGAGAAAUCCAGCCACAUCAUUCUGGCAUGCUGUGUGCUUCAUAACAUCUCUCUUGAACAUGGACUAGAUGUGUGGUCUUCUCCAGCAACUGGACAGAUGGAGCAACCAGAGGAGGAAUAUGAACAAAUGGAAUCACUGGACUCUGAAGCUUGUCGUAUCCGCCGCGAGCUUUUGCUUACUCAUUUUAGUUAAUACAGUGAGGGAAGGAGACCGUUGCAGAUAGACC